AUGCGCCUCCGCGGCCAAAGCCAGGCGCUGCCCGCAACCAAAGUCCCGCUCCGGGGCGCUACAGCACGCAGUCCCAAAAUCCUCAACCUCGAGCGUAGAAUCGCCGAUGCAGACUCCAGUCGCAACCCAUCAACACCCACUCCGCGCAUCGAAUUUUGCUUCGAAAUUUCGUCUCCCAUCUCUUUGAGGGUGUCGCUCUUGACCGAUGCAAUCUUGAGCCCUCGCAUCGCCUUGGAUCGACCGCUACGCGAGCGCAUUUCGUCGCGCAUGGCGCCAGGGGCCUCGCCGUCGCUUCCAUCGCCCGGGGCCGAAAAUGUCAUUCCCCAAUGGUCGCUCCAGCAUCUUGAUGAUGGAUCGGCGCGUACAUCGACCCCUGUUGAUAACUCCAUCGCGCCGGUACCUGAGCUCACCCUAGAUGCCGAGGACGAGGCCCGUCGCGCUCAUUUCGCCGAUUUGUAUCGAAAAACUGAAGCACGGGUCGCACUUCUCUUCUCUGAAAAUGGGUCAUACAAUUAUGCUGGGAUCGAGUCGUUGCGUCGCCGCCCAGUCGCGUCUGCCGUUACCCUGCCCCCCACCACCGAUCACGAACCGAUAAAAGAGCCACCCGCGAAGAAGGCUAGGCGAGCAAUUGACGAGGAUAACUAUGACGACGAUGACGACGAUGACGACGAUGACGACGAUGACGACGAUGACGACGAUAGCGCACCUAAUGCUACCCCCAAAACGAAGGCCACCCUGGUCGCCAACCCCCUCCUAUCGCCAUCAAAGUCUGGAAGCUCGCCAGUUCACUCGAUGAACUCACCAGCCAAACCUCUCGAUAAAUCAAAACCUCAGGACGCUUCACAAGGGAAAGACAGCACUGAAGAAAGCGAAAUAAAAAAUCUCGACGACGCGCGCAAAGCGACCGAGGCAGCCGCCCGCCAAAGUUUCCAUACAAUCAUGUACACUUUAGAAAACGAUCGCACCGCCAUGCUCGAACAGCAGCAACUGGAAGAUUCAGAGAAGCAGCUUCAAGCCGAAAUGGACCACAACGGCCAAGGAGGAACUAGUGGACAGCAAAACGCCAACCAGGGAACACUGAGUAGUGCAAACCUGGGCGCGUCCAGCCUGACAUUAAAACAUCUUAUUGCGCGGAUCGACAUGAAGCGAGAUCAAGUUCAAGCUACUGAUGCGGAAUUGCGCGUUCUCAUGAACGAAGUGCGCAAGAAUCGCAGCAAGUGGGCGAGCGAAGAGAAUGUCAACCAGGAAGACCUGUACGAAGCACUGGAGAAGGUCCUGACAGAGCUGAAAGCACACACGGAAUACUCUACUCCGUUUCUGACCCGUGUUAACAAGCGAGAUGCGCCUGAUUAUUACACAAUGAUAAAGAACCCGAUGGAUCUCGGCACGAUGACAAAAAAGCUAAAGUCAUUAACCUACAAGUCAAAAAACGAUUUCGUCGCCGAUCUCAAUUUGAUAUGGGACAACUGUUUAAAAUACAACACCGACAUGAAUCACCCGCUUCGACGCAAUGCUAAUGGCAUGCGCAAAGAGGCGGAGAAAUUAAUACCCUUGAUACCGAAUCUCGCCAUUCGCUCACGAGCCGAGGUUGAAGCUGAAGAGAGAAGAAAGCAAAAUGGUGGCGAGGAUGACGGCGGCGACGACUCGGACGACGAACCCAUCAUGUCAUCGAGGGGGCGCAAGGCCGGCACCAAAGGCACCGGCAACAAAUCGCGGACUGCACCGACCGAUGAUCAAAAAGAAGAUACGCCAAUUGUUGACCAAAAGCCCGUAAUACAACUGAACGGGCUUCUCGGGAAACUUGGGCGUGAAGGUUCCGAAUUUGACGGCAGUAAUGGUUUCUCAACACCACCAGUUGGGAAUCUGACACCAAAUGGAGCCAAUGGCCACUCCGGUAUGGGUAGCAAUGCCGAUGCCAUGGAGAUUGAUGGGCCAAGCUUGAACGGGAUGACGCUCAACCAAACAUUUGCCGAAGCCAACGAACAAGUUUACGAGGACGAAGAAUACAAGAUCUGGAAGCAAACGACAAAGAAGGAUCGAGCCUUGGCUGCCAAGGAGCGCUUCCAAAUAUUCAAAGAAAAUAAAAUCAACGCCGAUGCUCCGGCUCUACUUCGAAAUAAGGCUGGCAUGCGUCGAUUUCUGAGGCACCAGAAAGAGGCCGAAGCACUCGGUUUCGGGCAAGAUUAUUCAGACGCUUCAGCUGUAGCGGCAAAGGAGGCCAGCUCCAAGGCUCCAGAAACACUUGCCGAAGGCAUUGACGAGGAGGCGGACAAAAUCAUGCCUGACUACUACGACUCGCUCUCAAAUAUCCCCGAUAUUCCCGUCAAGCUUCAAUGGAUUGAAGACGGUGAAGGCCAAGUCAUCAAUCAGCACGAGGACUUUUUACGACUGGUGCCGCCCGGCUUAUUUACUGCGCCUCAAAGUCGGUUCACAAAGAAAAUGGACGACAAUAUUCGGCAAAUACAAGAGACUCGGAAGCUUGCGACCAAGAUUUCUGUCAUCAAGCAGAUGCAGGUUCAGUCGCAAGUCUAUACGAAUCAGUUCCCCAAGUCGAACCACGAGCCAUUUGUGGAGCAGGAUAUAGAACCGCACUUCAUUUCCGACGACGGGCCAGUCAUGGCCGCCGAUGCUUGCCAAAACGCGCUCAGGCGGUCUGUCGGAAAGAUUCUAUACAACUGCGGAUUCGAAGAAUUUCAGCCCUCGGCAGUGGAUGCCCUCACAAGCAUCGCUGCGGAUUACUUCCAAAAGCUCAUUCGAACAUUGAGCGUCUAUCGUGAGGCGGAAAAGAAGACCAUCGAGACGCACGAGGGAACGGUAGUACAGCCACGUUUCACAGUGGAAGAGAUCAUCUUGCACACACUCGACGAGAACGGCCACGACAUUGCCGCGCUAGAACUCUACGCCAAGGACGAUGUUGAUAGGCUCUCCUCACGACUUGGCACCCUGCAUGAAAGGAUGAAGAUGCAUUUGACAGACUUGCUUCGCCCCGCGUUGACCGCCGACGCGGGCACUGACGGUGUGGGUGCAUUCAAAGAUGGUAGUGACCAAUUCACCAGCGGUGACUUUGCAGAGGAGCUCGGCGAGGACUUCUUCGGCUUCAAAGCACUUGGACUGGACAAGGAGAUGGGCCUGGACUCGUUCUCCGUGCCUUUUCAUCUGCUGCAGACCCGCGUCCGCAACCAGUAUCAGAUGCAGACGCAAAACGCCGGCUCCACCAGCCUGGACAUGUUCGAGUCGCUGCCGCCGUCCGAGCCCGUCACGACGGAUGCCAUCCAGCGCCAUAUUGGCCUCGUCCGGAACUUCUUCCUGGCCAAGCUGCAUGCCAACGGCGACCAGGCGCUCGUCGAGGACGAGGACCUCCCCACGAAGCAGCGCAAGCCGCGCCCGCGCCUCGGCGCGAGCGGCAAGAUCAUGUCGGCGCAGAAGCGGCCACCACGCGAGCAAAUCGCGCUGGCCAAGAAGAAGAAGAAGCUCGAGGCGCAGGCGGCCGAGGCCAGGCUCAACGCCGAGAAGGCGGGAGCCGCCGCCGCCGCCGCCACGUCGCUGAUGAAGAAGAAGCCGACCCUCACCAACGGCAUCGGAGGCGGGGGCAGUGCUGUCGUACCGCCCAACCCGGCUGUCAUGGCGCUGGCGCCUGCCAUGGAACGCGCCGACAGCAUGCAGAGUGCGACGGAUAAGGAUGACACGACAGGGAUGAUGAGCCCAGAGAGCAUCGCGCAGUAG